GGGAGGUUUUAAUCACCCCUGUCUCUUUAACACGACUUACCAAAGCUGUGCAUAUUCUGGAAAAGAGCGCAGAGCACGCACGCUGUUGGGGAACUUGAAUCCGGGAACUUUGUGUAGACGCGGCCGCCGAGGUCUCCGCGCCGCGCGUGUAGAUGCGUGGCGCACCAGUGCAUCGCGCGCGGAAAAGGGCGAAGGCUCGUGUUGGGAAUACGCCGUUUCGGGCUCGCGGGAGACCCCGUCUCUCCUGCGUUCUCCGCUCGGAGUGGGUUCAUGGUGGCGCGAGUCCGUGCAGUACGAGAUGCUUAUCUGCUGAAACUUGCCGAUACUGUCGGUAUUAUUCACGAGCGCAUUUUUGUCGAUUCAUUUGACAAGCUCGCGCUGUCAAGGCGGAGAUUUCCCAGAUCUCCUCCGUGUUUUUGGGGUUUUGUUUUUAUGACAGCGGGUCAUGGUUUGGGUGGCGGAAGCCCACGGCCAGCGCCACGAUCCCACCGCGACGUCUGCACCGUGCACACGGUAAUGUUGUGCUAUUCCGUUGCAACAAAGUUGGAAAGCGCGUGGAAUGCACACUAUUGUAACUAAUAUCCGUUUUCCACCUGCCUAGACGACGGGGACGUCGGUACCGUCGCACCGGAUUUCCACGUACGUGUGGCUUUGGAUCACGGCGCAGUCUGCAUGGAUCCGUUAAAUGUGUUUGUUUGUGACACUACGGCUCUUUACAUCCAAGGUCACACCGUAGAUGAUUAACGAAUCACCGGCAGCCGUGUGCGCCGCUGCGUGCAUGGGUGUGUUGUGUCGAUCACAAACGUCCGUCGCUCGUCCGUGACCGAGUGUGAUUAUUUUUGUUUUUUUUGGGAAGCAUCGCACCGAUUCUAAAAUGGAAGGAAAAGUGAAGCAGACCCGAAGAUCCCGUUCGCAGCGAGCGCGAGUGCGGAGACGGGAGGCGGGCGCGAGGGAUGCCCGCGACCACAGCCCCUCGUCGGGCUCGGAACGGGAGCGAAGUCCCGGGCAGGAUCGCGCGAGCCAGAACGGAAAAAGAGCUCCGCACUCCUCAUCCUCUCCGCGAGCCUCGCGACCUCCCCGGCGGAAGCGGCGCGAGUCCGGCUCCCAGGAGGAAGACCUCAUUGACGGCUUCGCCAUCGCGAGCUUCGCCAGUUUGGAGCGUCUCGAGAAUGGCUCUCUGAAGCUGACUGGGAAGAAGGAGAGGUGGCAGACAGCUGCUGUGCACUGCCAGGUGGAGGAGCGCGUGAGCCUGCAGCAGGAGGCCGACAGCUUCAGCGAGCUGUCAGUCAGCAUGGCGCGCACGCAGGAGCAGGUCAAAGAGCGUCUGCUGAAGAAAACCUACUCCAAGAAAACCAAACGGUUCAAGACCCUCCUGGGUGCAGUGGGGAGGCCGGAAUCAGAGCAGAAUGUUCCGGACCUGAACUGUACCGCCCAGCGGGGAGGCUCCAAGGACCGCCUCAGUGAGAGCUCCACGCACUCUCUGUCAGGACGUGGUUACUCGUGUGACAGCGAGAGUGACAUUGAUGACAAGACUUCAGAUGUUGGAUCAGAGAAGCUCUUCUUGCCCACGGCAUCCAAAGGUGUGACGUCGAAUGAGAGUCUCGACUCAAAGCUCUGCACUCCUGCUAAAGUCUCUGGUCUCCAGCGCAGUCAGGAACAGAGUAACAGUGUUUCCUUCGCCCUACCCAUCCCGAGCCCCACCCCUGCAUCGGCCCCUACGGGGUCUCCUGCCCCUGCUGCCACGGCAGCCCCCCCCCCCAGGCCACGCCCCAACUCUCCAACCCCACUCAGCAUCAAGAAGGAAGCUGCACCCCCUAACCCCACCCCUCCCCUCCUAAGGAACCCAUCACAUCCACAGGAGCGCAGAGUCCCGCCCCCGAGCCACCACAGUCGACCAAUCAUCAGUCAUCAUCAUCCAUUGCCAUACAGCCUUCACGACAUCAGCAAUAGCCCCGCCUCCCUCCCGCCCAAGCACCGCCUCCCCCCCUCCCCCCACCACCUCAGUGGCCUGCCCUCGCCAGGUCCCGCCCUCCCUCUGUCCGUGGCUGGGCUCUCCUCUCCUCACUGCUCCCUGCGUCCCCUGUCUCACCCUUCACGCCACCCGGCCAUGUUCGCCACCCCUGCCACGCUGCCCCCCCCUGCCACGCUGCCUCCCAACAGCCUGGUGGUACCAGGACACCCAGCUGCUACGCCCUACCCAGAGCAUGACCUUCUCCGGCAGGAGCUGAACAACCGGUUCCUGGUUCAGAGUUCGGAGCGAGGUCGGGGGUCGGCGCCGGGGGCGACCGGCUCGCCGAUGGCUCCCAUGUCCCUGCUGAGGGCAGAGUUUCACCAACACCAGCACACGCACCAGCACACGCACCAGCACACCUUCACGCCUUUCCCCGCAGGCCUGCCCCCGGGCAGCCUGAUUGGUCCGUCCCCGGCACCGCCCCUGGUGCGUACCGCAGCCAGAAAUUUCGACAAGUACACCCCAAAGCUGGACAAUCCUUUCUUACGACAGUCGAGUUUCUUCUCGUCGUACCCGGCGGCUGUGCCCGGCUUAUCCCCACUGCUGCCGCACCCCGGACCCUUCAGCUCACUGCAGGGAGCCUUCCAGCCAAAGGCAUCAAACCCCAUUGAUGUAGCAACAAGACCAGGAGCAGCACAUCACACACACAGCACACUCCUGCAAAAAGACCCACGCGUGCCAGACCCAUUCAGGACGUCAGUGAGAAAGCCCGGAAAAUGGUGUGCCGUGCAUGUCCAAAUCGCCUGGCAGAUCUACCACCAUCAGCAGAAGAUGAAGCAGAUGCAGAUGGACCCUCAUAAACUGGACAUGAAUGGUAAACUGGACCUGUUCAGUAGGCCGCCAGCACCGGGAGUGUUUCCUGGGUUCCCCUACCCCCACGACCUGGCCCGGCCCCUCUUCUCAUCCACAGGAUCUGGUCAUCCAGCUGCCUCACCCUAUGGCCCCGCCCCUCAUCACAGUGGCUUCCUGCCAGCUCCUCAUUUGGCAGAUGCUUUCAGUCGCUCCAGUUCCUUUGGCGGCCUCACCAACCUCUCAGCCAGUGCCUUCGGCGGAUUAGGGAACCCCGCCCUCGGUGCCGGCACUGUGUUCGGACCCAAAGAGGGCCCAGCUCUGCCCGGCUUUGGCAGUCCACACCACGACACGUGGAACCGGCUGCACCGCACACCUCCAUCCUUCCCCACCCCCCCCCAGUGGCCCAAGACAGCCGAGGGCGAGCGGAGCGGCUCGGCUAACGGGCACGAGCGGGACCGGGAGAAGCGAGACGCAUCUGUCGGGAAGGAGGAGAAAGACAAAGACAGGGAUUCUCUGGAUCGGAAUCGUCACUCCAGUCGCUCCUCCCCUGCCUCCGCCCCUGUCAGCUACCAGAUCAGCAGUCUGAUUCGCUCCAGCAGCCAGAGUUCCGCCGACCUGGGCCGUAACCAUGGCAGCGGAGACCGCGCUCGCUCGGAGCCUGACAAGGACUUCCUGGAGCGUCAGCGAGAGGUCGGUGUGAUGGCGGACGUGAAGGUGAAGGAAAGUCGCUCCCCGGGGAAGGAGUGCAGUGAGCGCGGCACCUCCUCCGUGGACUCCUGCAAGCCGGCUCACCGUUCGCCCUCACCCUACUCCAAAACGCUCCUCUCCGAGACGAGCAUCAAGAAAGGUGCCGUACUGCCCCUGCAGCAGAUGAAGGAUGGAGACCGGGACAGGAAGGACACCUCCUCGGGAGACAUGGUCCACAAGGUGAAGAACAACAUGAAGAUCAAGGAGGAGCGUAAGGAGGAGCAGGAAGUCAUGGUGGUGGGCUCGGAGCCCGCCCCUCAGCUGCAGGUCCCACCCCUCCCGCAUCAUGCUCCGCCCACGACCCAUCAGCACGUGCCCGUAGCACAGCAGCCCCCGCCCCCGUCGCCAACGGCAACGCCCCUGCACGCCGUGCCCAUCCCCCACUCGCUGCCCUUUUCCCAUUUUCCCGCCGUGCACCAGAUGGGCAGUCUGAACACGCUGGACCGCGUCCGCGCGGCGCCCUUCAUGGGCGUCGGCCCGCUGGCGUCCGGCCGAGACCGCCUCCCCCAUCCUGCCUUCUCCUGGGACCCCCUGCGCGAGGCCUACCGGAAUCUGGACCUGCAGCGCCGGAUGGACUUCCAGCUGCGCUCUGAGCCGGGACACCGCUUCCCGGGGCUCUACGACCCGGAGCGGGUGUACCGUGAGCGGGAGCCCCACGAGUAUUCGCACCAGGAACACCUGCUGGAGGCACGGCGGGAACAGGAGCGGCUGCGGCAGCAGGCGGAGGAGAGAGAGCGCCUCCAUCUACGCGAGGAGCUGGACCGGGCGCGCCUACACCAGCUCCACCAGUCCCCCAUGGAGGGGCAUUUGCCCCACAUGCCGCCUUUCAUGUCCCACCUGGGCGGGAUGCCCUACCCGAGGCUCAGCCCGUCGGCAGGGCAGAGCGGCCUCCUGAACCGGACUCCGCCCACCUCCACGCUGAGUGCCCCUCCACCCCUGGUGCCUGCCGGUCCUGCCAGACCCACGUCACCAAGGCGGACUACGCCCAUCACCACCCAGGACCCCCGGGAAUAUUCACCCUCACGCAACCCCAAAGAGGUGGAGGCCCGGUAACGACAUCAUCUCCACCCACCUUUGUGAUCCUCCACCCACCCCCGACCUCCUGGACUGGGAGAGACAACAUGCACUUAUUUUCCCAGAGAAUAAACAAGAAACUGAAAUGUAGAAUUUGUACAAAAGAGUUUGUACUUUGGCAAAAGCACAUGGUUCCUAUUUUAUUUUAUAUCGACGUGGAAAAGAGCGAGAAAAAUGUCCAGCAAAUACGAAACGCUCACAACCCACACGAAAUUUGCUAUUAAUAUAUUAAUCCAGUACCUUCUGAUUUUUUUUGUUUGUUUGUUUUUGUGUGACAAGUGAGAUUCUGAAAUGGGUUUGUACUUUUCCUAUUGCGUUCCCACGUAUACGUUUUAUUUUUUAGGGUGUUUGAGUUGCGUUGGUCACAUAUGCCCUGUAUUUAUCCCGGUUUACUUCUGAACAUGUUGUUAAUGUUCACUGAAUAAACUGGACGGCUGUUACUGUUCUGACGGUGUGUUUGCUCUAUGGUACCUGGACAUAGUGCUGACCGUGUACAACGUUACAUUACCAGUUUUCUGUUUGCUUCUUUUGCCUUUGAGAUAUGCAGACAAAUAUGUAUUACAAUAUUCCUGUUUGGUUUAUGUAAGUUAUUGUAAAUAUCUUGUUGAUAUUACUUGGAACAGAAAUUACAUUGUAAAUUUAUUAGACUUUUUAAAUGUUUCUAGAAUAAAGUGGAAUCAGUCCCGUGGUUGAAAACCAUGGCAACCGAUCUGUCCAGUCAGAGGGCUUGUUUUUAAAAAGGGGCGUGGUCACAAGCAGAUCGUCUGCCAUCUAUGCAAAGAGGAAAUGGAAGGCUCUGAUUGGACGAUUACUUAAAUGGAAUAUUGAAAUGUGUUGUGUAGAGGGGGAACCUGGGUGGUUGUCGAACAGAAACCUUCCCUGUGAACUGUCCCAGUCCUGAGACAGAGAGAGGGACCUGCUGGUGAGAGACUGUCUCCGUCAACCUUGUGAUGUUGUGUAGUUGUUUUUCUUAGACCCUUGUAUACAAAACAAGUAGAGUUUUAGGCGUGAAAAAAAAUGAAAAUGAAACAUUCAUGGUUUAAAAAUGUACGGAAUAAAGGUUGGACCUUAUAUCUGCA